AACACGAAGAUGUUGAAGGGGGCGGGAUAUUGUAGGGAAAUGUCCGAGCUUGUGUUUCAAGAAAUGAAACUUCGUGACAUAACGUAAAACAACUACAAGAAAUACGUAAACGUUUAUAUUUUAUAUACAGUAUCACAUUAUGUUCCUGAAACGUCGGCGUAAAGAUUAGAAAGGGCAGAGCGUCUUAAGUUUCGUUUCCAGAUGGAUACGUCUGGAUCACAACAAUUGUUCGACGACUGGGACGAUAUUAGCGACUCGGAAUUCCUCAACAUCCCUUCUGAGCAACAAAGCCUCGAACCCCAGUAUCAUCUCAGCAGUGACUCUGCCGGUCAGCACUCCAGCCCCUGUGCAUCCACCUCGUUAGUGCACAACAGGAAUGAAGAGACUUUGGAACAAGUGAGGGGUUUAAAAAGAAAGAGCCUUCAUGAAAACAGCUUCAGCCCAAUGCAACGCUUCUUCAAGAGGCAUCUGAGUGUGACCCUCCUAUGCGACCAGUCUUGGUGCGAGGUGAAGACUGUGUAUAGUCUUUUAAAGCCUUUUGUCAAGAGAAAGGACAUGCAACAUGCGGAGGUGCAGAUAGGAAAACAAAUUCAUUUAUCACGAGAACGGGAGAUUCAGGAAGUUGUCCCUGUGGAUACUUGGACUAGAGAAGAUGCAGAAGCCAUCAGACUUCUCAACAUGUUGCACAUGACAUCGCUGUUGGAAGCAGGAGAACGCGUGCGAGAGUUUCCUGUGUUUGGUGUGACGGAAGGUGUUUUUAUCAAGGGGGUCGUUGAUGAACUCAUGUAUAACCAGAAGGGGGAGCUGGUCCUAAAUGAGCUCAAGACACGCAAACAGAACUCCUUGCCUAGUUCUGCACAAGAUAAAGUCAACUGCUUACAGGUUGGCCUGUAUAAAUUACUAUUUGAUGGAUUGGUGAGAGGAGAAGUGAAGAAAGACCAUGUUUUAACUCAUCUCAAACUGCGUUCAGGUCAAGUGCUUGGAGCAGGAGUCCAGGCCCAUGCUAAAAGCAUUGGGGUCCUGGUUACUACCUUUGAGGAGCUGGUUGAUGCUCUGCUAAUAACCGUGUCUUGUUCUGAUCUUCCAUGCAUUGACUUGCUUCAGAUUGAAUACUAUCACCAAGGCUCUAAUGGACCUAUUGGUACCAGAGUCGCUCCUUUCGAUGAAGCCCAACUACGGGCAGAGCUUCAGGGUUAUCUAGCUUACUGGAGAGGUCAGAGGGAACCCAGAGGGGUGGACAUAGAAGAGGCCUGGAAAUGUAAAUCAUGUCUUUACGAACAAACUUGUGAUUGGAAGAAGAAUAGGUUGAAAGUAUCCGACCAACAAGCAGCUCAUGCUAGCUCAUGAUUCAGCAUUUUACGGAUAAUACAAAUGUGCUAUGUGGUCACAUUUUUUGCCAUGUUAUUAACUUUUAUUAUUAUCUAAUGUGUACUGCUUAAGUCUUAUAGUUGUACAUACGCAUAUAUUAUAUAAUGCAUAAUGCAUUUUUUUUUCAUCAGAAUGACUUUUUAAUGGAAGCAAGCUGAAAGCUUCCUCACUUUGUGUGCAUUAAGAAGUUUAUGUCACUUAAUAGCUAUUGAAACGCAUAUAUGUGUUUUACAGUCGAUAACUUCAGUCAAGUGUGAUAUAAUGCUGAUAAAUCCUCAUAAUAUAUUUGAAGUGAACUAAUUACAUACUGAAAAUCUUACAUUAAAAUUGUAAUUAUCUUUCUAAAAAUAAUAAUUAUGCAAUGUAUAUACACACGUGUACAGUAUUGUUUGUUUCCCCUGUUUAUUACUAGAAUAUUAGCCAUUUAUUAGUGCUAAUUAAAUAAAUCCUAAUGCAUUAUUCUACAUGACCUUACUCUACAUCUCUAAUCCCACCCAAUACCUAAACUUAUAUUAGGAAUUUACUGAGAGAAGGGUUGUAGUUGAUAUUUAACAAGUAUUUUUUGCUGUUUAUUUAUACCGUUUGUCACAAACAAAAUAUUUCAAUAAAUGAUGAAAUGCGUUCCAUUA